AUGGAAGAGAAAAAGAAAGAGUUUAUGGAGGACCUAAAGAAGAAUCUGAAGAAAAAGUCUGAUGGAGUUUCUAUCUCUGAAGAAGAACUUGACCGCAUUUGGCAUAAAUACAACAUGCCAAUCUCUGCAAUCGAGGAUGGUGGUUAUCCACAGUAUGCUCAGUAUGAAGAUCACCCACAAGAAGAUCCUCGUCACAAGAUUGAAGAUGAUUUCGAAGAGCCGCCGGAUCAAGAAGCGGACCCUGUUG